AUUAUAAUAACUAAACUUCUAGAAUGAUGAAAAUUUAAACAAAAUGAAUAAAUAUUUCACUAUUUUAGUUUAACUUGUGCAGUUUUUGUUCUUUCGAUAAGAUUUUUAAAUAAAAAUAUUUGAAAUAUAGAGUUAUUAGAGAGGCUGGGUGACGUGGCUUCCAUGGUUGAAGCAGCUGCGUCGUGUCGUUGAUUAUUUUACUACUCUCUUUCUCUACACUAGCGGUCUCCCCUCGUGCUCGCCAAGAUAGACUAUCCCGGACCUGUUUUCGUGCGAUUCACGUUAAACCUAAACCAAGAUGUCGAAUAUGGCGCUAUAGCAGUUGAAUUAAUAUAGAAAUUGUAUUUUGAAGUCAGGAAAACUACGUAAAGUUCGGGGUGUAUAAUUUUAUAAACAUUUUUUUGUGAUAAAAUUGGUGACGAAGUGUAUUUUCCUGAAACGACGGUAGUUGUGAAAAUAACGGUUUACAAUCUAACACGUUUUUAAAUUACAACACGUUUUUUCCUUAUUAAUUUCGCUGAUAUUGUGAUAAAAUGCUUUUAUUUAUUAUUUACAAAAGACGGUAAUAUUUUAUUUCAAGAUAAUACGUGGCAAACUACGAAAUUCCGUAUCCAUAGUUCCAGUGUUUAGUAUAAGCUUUUCUACCUUAUAAAUAAACCUUUUCAAACUAAUUAUUCGUUGAAAUAGAACUCUCUACAAUGUGUAUUAAGUAAAUUAGUUGAAAGAUACUUAUACAAUUAACAUUAGCUUUACAAACGUAAACGGUAAAUAAAUAUGGAAAUAAUGUGAAUAUUUGCAGUGUUGCUGUGUUUUUCAUAAUAAAUUGUGCUUAAAUGUGUAUGCUAUGGAAAUUCAUUCCAUGAGGAUUGAUCAUGGGCCAGUUCAGACUAAUACAAUGUCAUACCCUCAAAGGCAAACCCAAAAUCACAGACCUAACCAUAGCAGCCAAACGGCGACGCAUUCGGGCGCCGACAUUUAUAAGCCAGCCAGAUCCCCUAUUUCGAAUGCAGCCGCUCGUUAUCCCUACCCAUCGUCACCUCAGCUGCAGCAACCGCCCCAGGCCGCACCUCCACCUCAACGAUAUCAACCCCAACAACUCCCACAGCAACAACAACCACAGCAACCAUCGGUCACUCCGGUGCCGGUGGCAGUAUCGCAACCGGCACCACAGCCCAUCAUCUCAAAUGUCUUCCAUCGCGACUACCGCCAGAAUAGGAUAUCACUGUUGCAUCCGGAAUACGGAUCCGGAGGUCGGCAUAGGGAUCAGCUGCAAUCCGUCCAGCAGCCACCUCCGACAAUGGUCUGUGUCGACGGAGGCAUUGGUGGCAUCGGUAUUGGAGGUCCUGGUGGCGGUGGAGGAUUCUCGAGCGGCCAGCAACCGCUGAAGAAAAUGAGACUUCAAGAUAAGGAAGGCGUACAUCAGCCAUUGAGGAUAGAUACUAGGCCGGGAACGUAUAAUCCGCAAGUGGAAGCGAUAUCACCGACGUUCCCCGAUCAACUAACUCAGGAUGACCAGGCAUUCCGAACAACAAAAGACGAACUCAUCCAACAGAUCGGAAAAGUAGAUAGAGAAAUCGCAAAAGCGGAAUCGCAGAUAGUUAUACUUAAAAAGAAACAAGCAGAAUUGGAAGAAAUCGCAAAUAAACCGGCUGUUAAGUCUGAAGUGCAAGAAGAUACGACACCGAAACAUCAAAGUUUACCACAGAAAAUCUACGCGGAAAAUAGAAAAAAGGCUCAAAAUGCCCAUGCCCAGUUAGAUGCGUUCGGUCCGAAAGUUGAAUGGCCUUUAUACAAUCAACCCAGCGACGCCUCAGCUUAUCACGAAAACAAAAGGAAGAAUGUAACGUUCAAAAGGAGGCUUUUGGAAUAUUUCAAAAAGAGAAAUUUAGAAAAGGAAUCCAGAAAUACCUAUUUGACUGAAACUUAUAGCAAGAUGAUGCAAGAUUGGUUGAGAAAAGUAGAUAAAAUCGAAUCAAGUACAAAAAGAAAAGCAAAAGAAGCUAAAAAUAGGGAGUUCUUCGAAAAGGUGUUUCCGGAAUUGAGGAAACAGAGGGAAGAUAAAGAAAGGUUCAAUAGGGUUGGUGCUAGAGUAAAAUCUGAAGCUGACAUGGAAGAAAUUAUGGAUAAUCUUCAAGAGCAAGCUCUAGAAGAUAAAAAGAUGCGUAGUUAUGCCGUUAUACCACCUAUUCUUCUCGAUCAAAGGGAAAAGAAAAUUAAAUACGAUAACCACAACGGUUAUUUGGAAGACAUGGAAGCGGUAUAUAAAAGUAGACAAUUCCUCAACGUGUGGACUGCCACCGAAAAAGAAAUUUUUAAAGAAAAAUAUCUUCAGCAUCCGAAAAAUUUCGGUCUUGUAGCGUCGUAUUUAGAUAGGAAGUCAGUUUCCGAUUGUGUACAGUACUAUUAUUUGAGUAAAAAGACGGAAAAUUAUAAGCAGUUGAUUAGGAAAGCGAGACAGCGAACGAGGAGCUCUAGAAACAACGCUCAGAAAGUUAAUAGUAAUAUUAACACGUCCGUCGUUGAUAUUUUAACAACGGGUGUUACUACUCGCCUCCAACGAGAACAGCAAGCAAGGACAGUGGUACAACCUUCGUCUCGAGCCGAACCAGGUGGUAGUCAACUGCAACCACCAAACGGUGAACCACCUGCGUCGGCAGCUACUCCACCAGCUGCGUCUACACCAACUCCUGCCGCUACGACGACUACGCCCACUACUUCAUCGGUUGGGAGUCCUCCGGGCAUGGCGACGACAACGCCUACAACGGCAGGCGCCAUGCCCACAACUUCACCCACAACGGCCACCACUUCUUCGGAGAUGGCGUCCACCAGCACUUCUGUGAUUUCAAGUAGUACCAGCGGGGCAUCUUCGGUAGUCGUUACGGCUUCCGUUGAAGGCGAUCAAAAUGCGGCAGCUCAAGAAAUGAUGUCCACGUCCAACACUGCUACCAUUACGUCGUUAGAGGAUGCGACGAAACCAAAGAAUUUCCUCGGAUUCUCCGGAACGCCAGUGCCUACGACAACAGCGUCGGAUGAGUUAGCACCUACGGGUAAAGGAAUUUAUUCUUCUGGUAAUGAAGAGGGUAUGAAGUUAGGUAACGGUAAUACGAAUGUAACAGGGACACUACCUGAUGGCACCAAGCACGAAAUUUCCACUGAUGGAGUUAACGUAAAGAAAGAGAUCGAAUCUCCUCAGGAAACAAUUAGUGAUCAGAACAUGACAUCUAGUGGUACUUUAGGUGAAACUAAAAAGAAGAAAGAAAGAAGAAAAGAAAAAGAUUCCAUUAUUGAAACUAGUGAUGAAGAGACAAAUAACAGGAAUGAUACGCCGUUACAAGGAAACUGUGUUGUAUGUCAGGCCCAAUUGGGUCCGCAACUCCAUUCCAGGCCGUUGGGUCCCAGUCAGGCAUCAUUAUACGGUCUUCGUGAAGAUCAAGUGCCGCCCAAUUCAAGAGUAUGCAACACCUGUCGCUGCAAAUCUGUUCGAUCUCGUUACACCCAUUGUCCUUUGCCUUCUUGUCCAAAUUCUCGUGGUAGAGUGAAACGAUUACGAUCAUUUCCAGAAAGAUUACAAGAACUACCUGCAGAUGUCAGAGAUCCACUGUUCGCAGAAUUUCGAAUUCCCAGUGGAGUGACUAAAUGUUGCUCAGCUUGCUAUAGUAGGAUUCAACGUAGGCUGGGUCCAGUGGAAGAUUGGUCUGAAGAAGAAUUUAAUAAGCUUAAGGCAGCUCUUACUGAAUUGGGUUCGAAUUGGCAACUACUCGGAGAACGAUUGAACAAACCACCACAAAAAGUUAAGAUGUAUGUUGCCGCAAAUCGAAAAAAACUUAAGGGUUGCCUAGGUGAAGAUCGAAAACCAGCUUUAUCCACAGACGAAGAGAGCGGUUCGAGUACAUCGAGUUGCGAGGAAACUUUGAUGGAUGGCGAUAGACAUUCGAGUGAUACGGCCAGCGCCGCCGAAAGUCCUCCUGUACAGGGCUCGAAUGAAAAUACAGCAAAGAAAGUAGAUUAUGAUUCUAGCGCAACAGAAACUGCAGAUGAAGCUCAAACGCCGGAUCAUUAUCAGGGAGCGGCAACUAUAACACCAGUUCCAAAUGAUACACAACCGUUAAGUGUAAAAGAUCUCGUUUUGAAUGUGAUAGAAAUUUCUUUAAUGAAAAAUACAGGUCAGCAACAAAAUUCUUCAAAUCCUCCUACUAGCGGUAUGGCUCCGACAAUUUCUUCUAUUUUGAAUAACGAUUCCAAUGAAGUGACGAUAGUUAGCGAAUAUAAUCUCAAUAAUAUGAAUAAUCAACAGAGGCAACAAAUUCAACAACGGUCAGAUUUGAAUUUGGCAAAAUUAGUUACUCCUCUCAUAGGUGCUACGAUAACACCGGUAUCCGGACCUAUACAACCCCAGCCCCAACCAGAACCUAUGCAGUCAUCUAGAGACGACUUGAUAGUCUUACAAGUUCCAGAUGGUAGGGAACCGGAAACUUUAGAUUUAAGCAUAAAGAAACCUAGAGAACCACCUCCAUCUGUUCACAGUAAACACCAACCUCAACCACAGCAACAAAUGCACCGUUCCGAUCCAUACAUGUAUCAUCAGGAAAGAAAAAGUCCCGCGUUCACUAUUAGGUCUCAACCUAAACUAUCCAGUCCCAAACCUGCUAAUCCAAAAUCGGGUUCAAUUACACUUGGAACACCAAUAAUGUCCCAACCACGUUAUGAUGUAUUACGUCAAAUUCCAGAAUCCAAAAUGGGAUCGAUAACACAAGGAACACCCGUUAUCCCGCACAAUAUGCAAGAGAAACGAGUUUACGAUUAUUUUAAUAAGAGAGGUCCGGUGCCGCCACAACAGACUCCGAGCCAGCAAAUACCGUAUCCAGGGCAGUACAGACAAGCCUAUAACGUCGAGCAACAGUUGAGUUCUAGACAAAUAAUUAUAAAUGAUUACAUUACGUCUCAACAAAUGUUGGGUAGAAGAAACGAAAAGACUCAGUAUUACUCUCCUAAUUCUCCUCAUCGGACUCCCCCUCCUCCUCCUCCUUCUCAGCCUAAUCAACAACAGAGACAAGGUGUUAUACAGCGACACACUAGGCCACAGUAUAUUCAACCAGGUCACGAAGCUUUGUCUUCUUUGGUUGAUGUUGCGGUUCAGCAACCAUCUCUUCCAGUACCCAGUGCACACGAAGGACUUGGUAAGACUAUGGCUGACAACAUUCUUGAACAGCCGCAUAGGUAUCAAAUUAUUCAACAACAUCAACAACAACAACAACAACAACAACAACAGUUGAGGCAGCAGCAACAGAGAAUGGAUGAACAAAGGAGGGUUGCAUAUCAGCAUCAUCAACAACAACAGCAGCAACAACAACACCACCACCACCAACAACAACAACACCAACAACAACAGCAGCAGCACCAACAACAACAGCAACAAAGCAGACAACAGACACGUCCUGAUAAUAGUACUUUAACAGCAGCUAGUUUGAUUGAUGCUAUAAUAACACAUCAAAUAAAUCAGACCGCCGAGGGAGGUCGAGAAAUUGUUCCAAAUACAAGAGAGCAAAGAGCAGGAGAUUUACUUUUUCAGAAGUUCCAUAGAGGUGAACCACCUCCACAGCAAGUACAGGAUAAUGGCGAAAGGCCCCCAUCUGUUAUAAGUGUUGAUCUCGAUGGAGAUUCAAUCAAUAAGAAUCUUACUGUGAAAGAACUAACAGAUUCUGUCAUUAGUCACGAUUUUAAUGCGAGACAGCCAUAUUAUCAUCUACAAGAUAAUAUGAACGAACAGUGGAAACGAAGGAUCCAGCAACAUCCAAUUCAUAAUGAUGAUAAACGAUCACAGACUCCUCUACAAGACGAAAGACAAAUAAUUAGAAUCGCUCAACCACAACAAAAAUAUAUUGAAAGGGUGGAGCCAGUGUCGCCUCCCGAAAAUAACCAUUGGCCCGAACCGAAUUUCCGAAGGUAUCCACAAAAUCAACCGCAUAUAUCUCCUUUUGAUUAUGUUAAGAACAGAAUUGUGCAAGUAAUGAGAACGGAGGACGACAAUAAAAAGGACCUUCAAGAGGGAUCGCAUUCCCAAGAGAAAGAACGAAGUGACAGUCCAGGCGAUAUGGUUAUAGAUGAAGAAAAACAUGAAAAUGAUUUCAAUCAGCCACAACAACAAGUACCUCAACAGCAAAGUGGUUUUUAUUCUUAUGUCCACAAAGAUACCACUGCCAAAGAUAGUUCGCGGAAUAAUGAACCUAAACCUCUACUAAGUUCGCAAUAUGAUCCGCUAUCUGAUGAGGAUUAACAUUUGAAGAUAUCUGUGGUGUUUUAGACUACGUAUUUAAUUAGGCCCAUUUUGGAUUUUACUACAUGGACCUCUUUUAAAGUUUCUUAUUGUAUAUGUAAAUAUUUGAGUAAGUGAAAUUUUAGGAUAUGUUUAAUGUUAUUUACACUUCAAAUCGGCCCUUUAUUCAUUCAGGUAUUAUAAGUAUUUUUUUGUUUUGGGGUAAUUGAAUUAUUUUUUACUGAAUAUUUCGAGAUUGACCUUCUAAAAUCAUUUCAGACAGUGCCUACAGUUGUUUUCAUUUUUAUUUUUUAUUUUUUAGUAAACUUUUCUGAAAGUAAUUCUUUUUUUCCUUUUCAUAUGUGAAUUUUGUGAAUAUUGUAAUUAAAAACUUGGAGUAAUGAAGCGAUGAAAGAGUUUGUGAAAAAUGACAAGAAAUCAAUCUGAAAAUGUACAGUAAAUAUGGUAAACAGUGUGUAUUGAUCUAAUAUGGACUAUCCUCGAAACUGUGUUGAUACAUUUAAAAAUAAUAAUUCAUAUAGUUUUCAAUUAUAUUUACGGAUGAAAACAAAUAAUUUGACGAAAUUAAAUGCAAAUCAUUUGAUAGAAGGCUGUUAAUGUUGAUAAGAAAUCACAAAACUACGAUGUAAUGAAACGCUCAAUUUACCUCGACUUUGGUUCAAUCUUAGUAUAAUUCAAUAUUUACCUCACCCUGUAUUAUUAUCCUAAAGUGAUCGAAAUACACAUUUUAAUCAUUUUUUUUUAAUUUGGUAUACACAGCAGUGUUAAAUAGGUUUGGCACAACUUUAGUGCUAAAAGAUAUAAUUUUUUGUUUUUGAAGAAAAAUAUGCGAUAUUUAAAAUUGAUCAACUCUAUAUUUUCUCAAAUUUCAAAAUUCCAGACAACAUACGUUUUCUCAUUUUCCAUGAAAAGCUCCAAUAAUAUUUCAGUUAAAUUGUAUAUAAAGGUUCUUCUGAAAAAUUUUUUUAAAUCUUGGUGUGCUUUUUCUCCAUUUCCACAUACAAUUUAUAUAAUGUGUCUGAACACCGUAUCAAAAAUUCAAAUAAUAUUUUUUUCAUGUACAUCUGCUGGAAUCAUUUCUUCUAUAUAAUAAUAUUAGAAGUUACCCUUUUUAUCUGUAACAUUUCUUUUUGACGUCAAAUUUUCUACAAGAUAAACAGAAAGCUCUUUGGUUAUGAUUACACUAUAUACAAAACACAUUCAUAUUCAUAGUCAUACUUUUGGUAAUGUAUUUUUUCAAAUCUUUUUAUUCACAGAGGCAUUAACAUAUAAAUAUACUUAUGUAGAAAUUCAUUACAUUGUAUAAAUCAUGAACUUUGAUUAUUAGAUAUUGAUUGAACCUCUCAUGAUAUAAUUUUGAUCUAUUGUCAGCCUGUAAUGUGAACAAUUAUAUGUUUGAAAAUGUGACAUUAUAUGUUUCAAUAUAUUUGAGUCACAAUAAAAACAUUUUCAUGAUUUAGUAUACGUUUUGCAGUUAAUCAUUACAGUUUCGUGUUUACCUGAGAUCCAUAUUGGAUGAUAUGUACACAUAUAAUUUGCUUUAUUAAUAUUUGAUAAAGGGUCUGAAUGUAGCGUCCAAGAUUAGUAAUUUUUUUUUUUAAUAUUGUAACUUGUAGAUACAUAUAUAAUAAUUUUAUUAACUGAACACGAAACCAGACUUUUAAGAAAUGAUGUACAUAUUAUGUGAAAAUAAAAUCGUGAGUGUUAAGGCGAUCUACUUUAUAGAGAUAUGAUAACGUUUAAAUUAUUUUUGAUUGGUUUUUAUGCAAUUGUGUCCAGUUUUUUGCAUUUCCAAUGUUUGUCAUUUAUUUUUUUAUUUUUUUAUGAAUGAUUAGCUCUAUGUCGAAGUGAGUUUUAAAAAUUUGCACUAGUGCAAUUCACCUUUCCGCUAUUAUUUUUUAACUUGUACAUUUUUUUUCUGUAAUGUGUACAUGUUGGUUCUUAUUUUAAAUAUAUUUUUGGGAAUGUAAAUAACUAAAGUAUAAGUAUAAAUAUUUAUAGAAAUAUAAGGAAUCCCAUUGUAAAUAUUUGUGAAUUUUUUUAAUUUUUCUGUUUCAAAAUGUAAUUUAAGUCUUUACGCUUUUGGCGUCUAAAAAUAGACGAACUGAUCAUUUUUCUACACUAUAAAAGAAAUGCUUCCAGAAUAUGUACACUGUCAAUUUUUUUAGUUCGUAAUUUUCAGAUAAUGACUUGUUAUUUUGUUGAAAUAAAUGAAUAUCAGUUGGA